AUGUCUUUCGGAAAGCUUUACUGGUACCCCAAGGCGCCUCGCGCCACUCAGUGUCUCUACAUCGCAGAGUACAACAAGCUUGAUAUCGAGUUCGUCGAGGCAUGGCCGAUCAAGGUGGACGCUAGCAAGGGCGGCGUUGGCGAAGAUUACCUCUCAAAGUUCCCUCCGGGCAAGGUGCCUGCCCUCGAGCGCCCCAACGGCUUCACAUUAUUCGAGUGCAUUCCUGUUUCCAUCUACCUCGCGAAGCAGGACCCCAAGACCAAGUUGCUCGGCUCCACCCUCGAGGAGGAGGCCACGAUCCUGAAGUGGGCCUCAUUCGCAAACAGCGAGCUUCUACCUCCCAUUAUGGCGUGGAUUAACCCGGUUAUCGGCAAGGCACCUUCAUCACCAGAGAUUCUUGCCGCGGCCGAGAAGAACAGUGAGGGAAUGGUCAGUGUGGUGGAGAAGGCAUUGACGGACAAGAAGUUCCUCGUUGGCGAUGAGCUCACGAUAGCCGAUCUGUUUGUGAUUGCUGCCAUUGCUAGAGGAUACCAAUUUGUGAGUGCCCGCCUCUGGCUGCAGAGGAGAGAUUCCCGGGAAACCAACGUCCUUCACCCGACUUCGGAGAGUGUCACUGCGAAUGCUAAUAACAAAUUGUCGCAGGUGUUUGCCAAGGAGUGGACGGAAAAGCACCCCGCCAUCCACGCGUGGUACUGGCGCAUCAAGAGCGAUGACAUUUGGAAGAAGAUUGACGGCGAGCCGUACGUGCUGGACGUGCCCGGAGGCAAGCCGAUCUGA